UCACAACAUGUCGUGAUUGCGCCCAAACUGCUCUUUGUUAGGCCGAGUUAACGUCAGAAUAGGCCAUUGCAGGAAAGUGAACUCACUCCUUCGUCCAGCGAUACAUGCGAAGAUGAGACGGCAAAAUUCUUAGGGGACCUUUGCCCAGAGUGGCACUUACCUGCGCUGCACUCGGGAACCACUGAAGACGACCCUGAACUCGUCACGCCACUCAGGCUCCCUUCGCAAACGCUAUCUCCUUCACCUCAAUGCUCAGUGCACCCAGUAACGGUAGAGACGACACCCCAUUAUGUGGCCCGUUCGAUCUUACUCGAUAUGCCAGACGAGAUAAGGUCAAUGAUCUAUGGCUAUCUGGUUACCGAGAGGUCGAUCGAACAUUGCAACAAGAAUGACCACACCAGAGUCCGUAGCCUCACAGAUGUGUCUCGUGUUUGUCAAACGCUUAGGGAUGAGUACCUCCCUUACCUGCUCGCUCGUGUCGAGUUCAGGACUAAUCUGGAUUGGAUGCCACACUUCGUUAGCAUUUUCGGAAAAGCGCUGCAUGGCUAUCAAUCUUCACUGAUACUGUCCUACGAUCCGGCAACUGUACACAAGUCGGUGAAUCUUUUGCCUGCAUUGAAGCUCGCUGUCGAAACCCCGCACCUCUCCCUCCGGUUCGAACUACCGGCAGCUAUGCAUGAGCACUAUCCCCUCGACAUCAUGUUGAUUCGAGACCUCAACUAUUUGCUCACUAUGUGUGGCGCCAAUCAAACGUUCGCUGGCUACGUCGGAGAUGGUGUCUUAUUGUCGGUUGAAUUCCAUUCCAAGGAGCACCUUUCACAGAGAUACACAUUUUCACAGAUGGCCAUGCGAGUUCAGAUCCGUUUCAAACGAGACUACAAGAAACUUUGGAUGGACGGCACCCACUCUUUCGAUGAGCUCCAGCAUUUCCUUUCUUUAACAGGAUUGAACCAGUGCACUAGUUUUGAUGUUUGGGUGGGUAUCGCAUCGAUGUGUGCACGCGGGAAAGGCCUUUGUACGCCAACCGAAACGCAGGAAGUUGAACGUCUUCUGAAUCGUUACUGUGAAUUCUCGAGGGAGGGGGUGUAGACAGCUGUGAUCUCUCAUACCCAGGUAGCGACGGGUCCGACUAUCACACGUGGAGGAUGGUACAUUUUCUGUCGUCUCUUGCAGUCGAGGAUCCGGAGAUCUAGACACGUAUAUGUACCUAGGUAGCUU